CCUAAAAUGGAAGUGUUAUCAUGAUCGUCAUUCAAUUUUCUGUUGAGAAUACUUUUGAUAUGACACUUUCAACACCGUUAUGGACUACCAAGGUGAACAGAAUGAUGAAAAAGAAGCCUUACAAGCGAUUUUUGAAGACGAUUUCACCGACCUUGCUACAACACCAUGCAGUUUUAUGUUAAAACUAAAGGACUUGGAUGUCCAACUUUCAGGCCCCUUGUAUGUAAAGAUAACAUACAGGGAGAGAUACCCAGAUGAGGUCCCGGAUGUAGAAAUCCCUCUGCGCUCUCAGGUCCUCACAACUCAGCAGCAUACAGACUUACUGGAUCAUCUCAAAACAAUUGCAGAAGAGAGUGUUGGCAUGGCCAUGGUGUUUACACUGGUGGAGGCAGCCAGAGACUGGAUCAACCAGAAUGUGUGUCCAGACACAGCUGAUGAGGAAGAACCACAGGACCAGACAGAAGAAGAACCGUCCGAUGUCUUAGACUUGCUGUCCUCACCAGCGGAGCUCACCGAAGUCAGAAACACUGGAGGCCGCUGGAACUUUGUGAUUGGACUAGUGGGUAAACCCUCUGCUGGGAAGUCCACCUUUUUUAACGCAGCUAUGGCCCAGAACCAGGCCAAGACUGCUGCCCACCCCUUCACUACCAUAGAGCCCAACUUUGGCACGGCCUAUUUCAGUGUGCCAUGUCCUUGUGCCAAGAUGGACCAGCAAUGUAGUGCAGGCUAUGGCCACAACUACAGAGGAGAACGACUGUUACCUGUACUGUUGAAAGACGUUGCUGGGUUAGUUCCUGGGGCAGCCGAUGGCAAAGGGAGAGGAAACAGGUUCUUGAAUGACUUGCUGGAUGCAGAAUCUGAUGUUCUAAUACACAUCAUUGAUGUAUCGGGACAGACGGAUGAGAAUGGAGAGGAGACAACAGGGUACGAUCCAACUAAUGAUGUCAGGUGGCUCAACCUGGAAAUACAUCGCUGGAUCUAUGACAACAUCAUGACCAAGUGGGAGGCGAUAGUGAAGAGGCCUCUGAAGCUGCUGGACAUGUUUACUGGGUACCACGCCUCUAGAUCUGUCAUCCAAGCAGCCUUCACUGCAGCUGGCAUUGAUACAAGGAAGCUGGUUGAGACCCUGCCUGGAUGGGAUGUUGGUGUUGUCCACAGACUGGUGACUGAGUUUAUCCGGCUCCGUUUCCCCAUGGUGCUGGGGCUGAACAAGUCUGACCUGCCCCAGGCAGACAACAACAUACACAGGAUACAGGAGGCCUACCCAAAUGCAGCUGUGAUGGCCAUGAGUGCCCAGAGUGAAUGUAAACUGCAGGAGUUACAGAAGACUGGCUCCCUGCACUACCGUUACGGGGAACCCUCCUUCAUGUCCGAUGACACAACCCUUAAGCCCCUGUCCUCUACAGACACUGAGGAACUGGACAGGAUACAGAACAGUGUACUCUCUAAGCACGGUUCUACCAAUGUCCACAAUGCGCUGAACCUUGCUGUGUCCCUGAAGUCACCCAUCUUUGCAUUCCCUGUACAAGACCUGGACACACUCAUGUCGCUGGAUCACAGGCAAAAGGGAGAGGCACCUGGAGUGCUUAAGGACUGCAUGGUUCUGAGACCAGGUACCACAGUGGGCCACCUCCAUACUGUGUUGGUACAUGCUCUGGAGCUGCUGAAGGGAACAUUUGUCCGAGCUGAGGCCAGAGAAAUCAAUGGAGACAGACGUGUUGUCAGGAAAGAUGAAAUCAUCGGUCCAUCCAACAACGUCAUCAAAAUCAUGACUUCUCCAAAAUCAUCCCACUCCUAAAACUUCUCAAGAACUUACCCCUCUUGGAUUAUCAUAGGCAUCCAAUGUGAUUUCAGGGUGGCAAAACCAGUCAAUUUUU